AUGGAACUAUUAAAUAAAAGCAUAUCUGUAGUGAAGAAUGUAGUGUGUAACUUUUUAUUUGAAAAAAUUAAAAUUGAUGAAAAUAUCAAUAUUGAUGGAAUUGACAGUGGCCCGGGAAUGUCAAAAAGGUUAACUACCUCAACAAAUAUCAAUGUAGUUUUGGUUUUAAUUAUUGCAUUAAUAAUUUUCAUUUUAAUGUUAGAUGGGGUGUAA